GAUAAGAAAAUUGCGUUUUUAUGUGUAAGGAAGUAAGUGGCAGUUUGUGCGAGCGUUGUAUUGCGUGACGACUGGCAGCAACGAACGCCACACGAUGAGUCGUUGCGAGCUACUGUUGCCGGCCCUGCUGCUGCUGGUGUCGGUGCAGGUGAACUACAGCUUGCAGUACGAUUCGGCUGAAUCUUCCCGGUACUAUCAUCCGUCGGGGGCCGGGAGUGAAUCCGGCACCAAUCUGCGAUACGAUGCGCCCGACGAUUGCAAGUACCGCAUACUUCCCGGCAACGAGGUAGAUCUGGCCUGCAAUCUACGCACAGUGAACAGUGAAUUUGACAACACGAACUUCAGUGUAAUUCCGGCCGAACAUACGGCCGCACUCACCAUCCUCUGCAAUGAAGCGAUCAUGGCGCGCAGCAAGCUUCUGCCCAACUCGUUUGUCCAUCUGGUCCGGCUAAAGGCGCUGUCGCUGGAGUUCUGCAAGAUUGCCAAGUUUUCCAGCACGGUUUUGGCUGGCUUGGGUGAUCUGCGCAACUUUACCCUUCGUACGCACAACAUUGCAUGGCCCGAACUGAAUCUAGAGAUCGAACCGGACGCGCUUGGGUUCACGCGCAAUCUAGAGGUGCUCGAUCUGAGCACGAACAACAUUUGGUCGCUUCCGGAUCACUUGUUUUGCUCGCUUACCGGUCUGCGGUCACUCAACAUUAGCUCGAAUCGACUGCAAGACGUUAACGACCUAGGGUUCCGUGAAAAGGGUGUGAAAGACGAGCUGGAACCUUCGGAAGGUCAUAAAUCGAACAGUACCGGCUCGGUUGCUCCGCCGGUGAGCUGUGCGCUGGAUCUAGAAGACCUGGAUGUGUCGAAAAAUCAUUUUGUGCUGCUACCGGCCGCGGGUUUCGGUAUGCUGAAGCGGUUAAAGAUGCUCAAAAUCCAUGACAACGAGAUCUCGAUGGUGGGGGAUAAGGCUCUGAGUGGGCUGAAGGAGUUGCAGAUUCUUGAUUUGAGUUCGAACAAGCUGGUAGCGUUGCCAACGGAUCUGUUCCGUGAUCCAGCCCAAUCCAUCCAGGAAAUUUACCUGCAGAACAAUUCGAUCAGUGUGCUUUCGCCAGGCUUGUUCUCCAAGCUGGAACAGUUGCAAGCGCUGGAUCUGUCGCAGAAUCAGCUGACGUCGGCGUGGGUCAACCGGGAAACGUUCGGGGGUCUCAUUCGUCUGGUUCUGCUGAAUCUGGCUAGUAACAAGAUAACGAAGCUGGAGUCGGAAAUCUUUUCCGAUCUGUACACAUUGCAGAUAUUGAACUUGCGCCACAAUCAGUUGGAAAUUAUAGCAGCGGAUACCUUCUCUCCGAUGAAUAAUCUUCACACGCUGCUUCUAUCGCACAAUAAGUUAAAGUAUUUAGAUGCAUAUUCGUUGAACGGGCUGUACGCACUGUCACUGCUGUCUCUAGACAACAAUGCCCUUACCGGCGUACAUCCAGAAGCAUUCCGUAACUGCAGCUCACUGCAAGACCUCAAUCUGAACGGUAACGAGCUUACGCAGGUCCCGCUUGCCCUGAAAGACAUGCGCCUGUUGAGAACUGUCGAUCUGGGUGAAAAUUCUAUCAGUAUCAUCGAAGAGCCGGGUUUCCGAGGUAUGAAUAAUCUGUACGGGCUGAGAUUAAUAAGCAACAACAUCGAAAACAUUACCCGAAAAGCGUUUAAAGAUUUGCCCAGCCUGCAGAUCCUAAACGUAGCUCGUAACAAAAUCACGUACAUUGAGAAGGGUGCGUUCGAACCAGCGGUCAGUGUGCAAGCUAUCAGACUCGACGGUAACAUGUUGACCGAUAUUGAUGGUCUCUUCACCAGCAUGCCAAAUCUGGUGUGGUUAAAUAUUUCCGACAACAAGUUGGAGCACUUUGAUUACUCCCAUAUUCCUCCGCACCUGCAAUGGUUGGAUCUGCAUCGCAACGAGCUUACCGAGUUGACAAAUCGCUACGGCUUGGACAACCAGUUGCAUUUGCAGACGCUCGAUGCAAGCUUCAAUCGACUGACACGCGUAACGCCGGCUACCAUUCCGAAUAGCAUUGAGUUCCUGUUUCUCAAUGACAACCUGAUCGUGCAUGUCGAGCCGCACUGUUUCAUGCACAAGACGAACCUUACGCGGGUCGAUCUGUACGCGAAUCAGCUGACCAGCCUAGACAUUAAGGCACUUCGAUUGCAGCCCGUACCGGAGGAUAAGCAGAUUCCGGAGUUUUACAUUGGUGGAAACCCGUUCGUGUGUGAUUGUAAUAUUGACUGGCUACAGAAGAUCAAUCACGUGACGUCACGCCAGUACCCUACGAUCAACGACAUUGAAACGGUGUACUGUAAGCUGAUGUACAACAGGGAACGCUCGUACAUUCCACUGAUCGAAGCCGAACCGAAGCAUUUCCUGUGCAGCUACAACACCCACUGCUUUGCCCUGUGCCAUUGUUGUGAGUUUGACGCGUGCGACUGUGAGAUGACGUGCCCGAAUAAUUGCGCCUGCUAUCACGAUAACAGCUGGUCGACAAACAUCGUCGAAUGCUCGGCCGCAGGAUACACCGAUAUACCGAACAACAUCCCGAUGGAUACCACCGAGGUGUACAUCGAUGGCAACAACCUGGUCGAAUUGUCCGGGCACAGUUUCAUCGGGCGUAAAAAUCUGCGUGUACUUUAUGCUAAUCAUUCGAACAUUGAAGCCAUUUACAACACGACUUUCAUCGGGCUGCGUAGACUAACGAUUCUUCACUUGGAAAAUAAUGCCAUCCGCAAGCUGUAUGGACACGAGUUUUCCGCACUGGAAAGCCUACGCGAGCUUUAUCUGCAGGGAAACCGUAUUGCCUAUAUCGAGGAUCACACGUUUGCCGAGUUGCGUAAGCUGGAAGUGCUUCGGCUGGAUGGAAAUCGUAUCACCAGCUUCGAAGUGUGGCAACUUUCGGCCAAUCCGUAUCUGGUUGAGAUCGCCAUGGCCAACAAUCUGUGGACGUGCGAUUGUGGGUUUGUGAACAAGCUGCGUAACUAUUUGCAAUCGAACGCGGAUAAGAUAGUGGAUGCGAAUGACAUCUCGUGCAGCUACAACAACGCCACCAGCAUUCUGCGCGACAAUGGUACCAAAUGUACAUUCCGCGAGGGAAUGUCUUCGAUCGUGCAUCGGCAGGAGAUAGAAGAUAUGUUGCCGCUGCUGUUGGUGGCCACGUGUGCGUUUGUGGGGUUUUUCGGGUUGAUCUUUGGUAUUUUCUGCUAUCGUAAGGAGCUGAAAGUAUGGGUACAUUCCGGUCUGUGCUACAAGUCGGGAACGUUUGUGAACGAAUACGAUAAGGAUCGGCUGUAUGACGCAUACAUCACGUACUCGCUGCAAGACGAACACUUUGUGAGUCAAAUUUUGACCUCCACCCUCGAAAACGACAUAGGUUUCCGGCUGUGUUUGCACUACCGGGAUCUGAACGCAAACGCUUACCUCGCGGACACGAUCGUCGAAGCGGUGGAAAGCUCGAAGCGAGCGAUUCUCGUGCUGUCCAAGAGCUUCCUGUACAACGAAUGGACGCGCUUCGAGUUCAAAGGUGCCAUCCACGAGGUGCUCAAGCGUCGCCGGAAGCUCAUAAUCAUCCUUUACGGUGAUCUCCCGCAGCGCGAUCUCGACGCCGACAUGCGACUGUACCUACGCACUAACACAUGCAUCGAGUGGGACGACAAAAAGUUCUGGCAGAAGCUGCGCAUUGCCCUGCCGCACGUGAAGAAGAGCAACUGUCUCAACAAACGGUCCGCCAUUAACAUCUACGCCACGGCCGGCAACGACUACAACACGCCGGGCCGCCCAUCAACGCUGGGUCCAGCGGUGGCCAGCACGCGCUUGGAUGGGCCCCAGCACCACAGUUACGCCACGAUCGGUCCUAACUGUCCCAGAAACUGUGAUAAUUACGAUACGGUUAGCAAUUGUAAAUACAACACCACCCAGCACCAGACCCACCACGAGCGGCGGAUGAAUGCGGACUUCGGACGGAAGGCCACGGAUGGCCGCCAGCACGAGUAUGCCGUGCCGUCCAACUGUCUGCUGGACACGACGCACGAAACGUACAACACGACGGCAAGCUGCGAGCGCAUUGCCGGCGAAACCUUCGAGUGUACCUCCACGAGCUCGAAGUUUUCCACAUCCUCGCGAGGAUCGGGCAGCGACUCGGGCAGCCACUCGAUCUCUUCCGCACACCACGACUUCCAGGGCCAGAACCGGUCACCGAACGGCUGUCCGCCGAAUCUGCUGUCCACUACCAACUUUUCCUACAACCACCAUCCGCACCAUCACCAUAACGGCAGCAGUCGGAGUAAGCCUCCGACCGGGCCGGAGAGCGUUGGCGGUGGAAAAGGUCCUAGCGACAAGAACGUUCCGGGCACACUCUCUGGGACGGAAAGCAGGAGUGGCAACAAUUUUAAUGAUAGAAGACUGCCACAGGCUAUGUGGGCAUAACGAUUACUUAAGAGCAUCAGGUUAGUUAAUUACUUUUAUCGUUAGAUGUAAGGACGAUUCCAGUGGGGGUAGUUCGAUCGAUAUCGAUCAAACGAGCACGUGUCGAUCGAGUGUGAGUGAGAAUGUAUGUGAGAUGGAAGAAAGAAAGCGAGUGAGAGAGGAAAGCUGGGGAAAGACUGCCAGUGUUCGCGGCAAAGUUGUUAGAAGGACAAAUCAACUGACUUGUCUCUUUAGGUUGUUAACAUUUACUUUGGAACAAAUCAUUUCUUCUUCGUUCCCUCUCGUUCC